GUCCUCGGCGUCGUUCCUCCGCAGAUAUCAGCUCACCCCCAGCCGAACCACAGCGGCAUAGCUGUGAGAGGCACGCUGCAAGCUGUCCUGCUCGAACGAGCGCCCCGAUUGACCCGCGCGCUGCGCCUGGUGAACAUUCUGGCUGCAGCCUCAGUCCGCCGCACCAUGAACAUAGCCACGCCCUCCGCCCGCACUCACGGCAUCACGAACGUCGUGUCGCGCGGUCGGUUCUCAAGCAUGUCGUCAUGCGGAUCGCGGCGGCCGUCGGUGGCGCCAAGGCCGCCGAAGCUGUUCGAUCCCACGGACGAACGCCGCCGCCGCAAGGUCGAGCUCGAGCGGAAGGCGCCGAGCAUUAAACCGAUCCCAAAGCCGAACGACGGCACGAAGCUCCGCAGCGGCCCGGCCGUCGUCGCGGAACUCGAGCGCGCGCUCGCGGAGUCGGAGGACCGGCACGUCUUCCAACGCCACGCCUACGUCAGCGCGCUCGCGAGCAUCGACAGCCUCGACGCGACGCUCGCGACGCCCUACCUGAUCCGCAUGCUGGCGACGCGCCAGCGCUUUACGGAGCCCUCGCGCGAGCCGCACGACUCGCUCUACGGGCGCCUCGAGCGGAGCUCGCACGUCGUGGCCUUCGAGCUCCUGCUGGACCUCGCCGCGACGCAAGCGGGCCGCCGGGCCCUGACGCGCCACGUCCUCGAGAUCGCCGCCGUCGCGGCGCGACCGGCGCCGCGACAGAGCAGCGUCGGCCCCGGCGUGCCCUGGGCGGAGGACGAGCCGGAGCUGGUGGAGGACGCGGACGGCGGCGGCCGGCGGCUCCUCGAGCUCAUCAAGCGGCGCCUCUCGUCGGAGCACGAGCUGUCUGCAGUUCGACUCGUGGCGUCCAUCGACGUCGCGCUGAUGGUCGAUGGCGACGACGUCCGCGCCGAGAACGAGCGGUUGCGCGCGGCGGCCGAAGACGCGCACGCCGACGCCGAGGACGCGCGCGCCGCCGAGCGCCGCCUGCGGGAGGACCUCGCGGAAGCCGACCGCCGCCGCAAAGACGACGUCGCGGCCGCGGAGCGCGAGAGCGCAGCCGCGAUUGGAGGAAUGGCAGCCAAGCUGCGGGAGAGCGACGACGCGGCCGAGGCGCUGCGGCGGGAGCGCGACGAGCUCAAGAGGCGCCGCGACAGCGACGGCACCGUCGAUUUGUGCGGGGACGACGACGACGCGCCGCCGCCGAAGCGGAAGCGCGACGCGCUGCGCGAGCUCGUCGACGAGCAGCAACGGUCCGCACUUUUGGAGGUCAAGAAGGAGAAAGGAGAGGCCUUGGAGGACGCCGCGGAGGCGGAGGAGACGCUCGGAUAUCAAGUCCGGACGACGAACUGCUUACAGGGGAAGAUCGACGAGCUCGUGGGCCUCUGCGGGGAAGCCGAGCGGCUCUCCGGUCUGGCCCAGGAGGCGGCGGCCGCGGGCGACUGCUCCGAAGCCGGCCGCCUCGCGGGCGCGGCACGGGACGCGGUCGACUCGCUCACGGUCAACAGCAUCAAGUACCGGACGAACCGGUAGAGGGGCGGCAUUUUGUAAGUUUCAAGAGACAUC